AUGGCAACUACCGAUGUAGCCGCACGAAAUGUUCCCCCAGUCGACGAUUUGGAUGACAGCUUAUUCGACUACGACGUUGGUGAUGUAUUUCGCGAUGUCGACACUAACAUGGAUGUGCCUGCCGCAAGAGCAGACGAAAAGGAGAAUGGCGCAGGUCUGGGCAUCGACGAAGAGAUCAAAGUGACCAAAAAGAGGGCUCCUGUACCGAAAUUGGACGAAAAUAGGCUCCUGUCACCUGCUGGUAUCCCAAAGCUACGGAGAAUUGCGAAAGAGCGAUUGAAGUUCAAAGGGAAAGGGCACGAAUACUCUGAUAUGGCUCGACUGCUGAAUAUGUAUCAGUUGUGGCUAGAUGAACUAUAUCCUCGAGCGAAAUUCGCAGACGGACUUGCCAUCAUUGAAAAGCUUGGCCACACAAAACGAAUGCAAACAAUGAGGCGAGAGUGGAUCAAUGAAGGGAAACCACAGGACAGCUUGGAUAGCUUAGGAGAAGGCACAGAAGAGCUGGCAGGCGAACAAAGAAGCUCGAAAGCGGGACAGCAACAAUACUGGGAGGUCAAGUCAAGGGAAAGGCCGAGAACGCCUGUUGCAGUUGUGGGAGAUGACAAUGAUAUCCACGCAGCCACACCAACAUUUCCUCGAGACGAUGGGAAGACGGAACGCGAUGGUGACACGGAAAAUUUGUUUUUGGAAGAUUCAACGAAGACUGUUCCAAUACUAGGGCAAGAAUCCAGAAGCCCAACAAGGGAGGAGAAUUUUGCCGAUGAUGAGGAUGCACUAUUAGCUCUCAACGAUGUGUGGUGA